AUGUGGCAUGCCGUCUCUUCAUGGACAUGGGAUGCUCAAGACGAGACAUGUGGAAUUUGUCGGAUGGCUUUUGAUGGUUGUUGUCCUGACUGUAAACUCCCAGGAGAUGAUUGUCCCCUAAUCUGGGGAGCUUGCAACCACGCGUUCCAUCUUCACUGCAUCUUGAAGUGGGUGAAUUCGCAGACUCCUCAAGCACACUGUCCCAUGUGUCGUAGGGAGUGGCAAUUCAAAGGCUAA